AUGAAGUCUGCUUCAUGGGACGAAGAAGUUCUACCCCCCGAGUAUGUUGCCGGACCUCAAUCGCCAUCCCCGGCUGUGGCCAAGCAGCAGCCCAAUCACAACACCAGCACUAAAGCUGGCUCGGAAGCUGACGCCGGAAUCGAUUUGCUCGUACUACCAGCCACACUCGUCCCCAUCUCCCAACUCUCGACAGCCUCUGUGCCUGCAGGAGGGGGCACAGUCGGCGAUGAGGCAAAAACCCGGACGUUGAUGCAGAAGAUUGGUGCUACCAACAUGCUCUGGCUAUGGAAAGUGGCUGUGCGCAUGCUGAUGAUGAUUGCUGAAGCCAUCGUGGUUUCCUGCAUGGGUGCCGCCAUAGGCAACGGAGCGUGGACGAGCCUGAAGCACAAUUACGAUGGCCUUGAUGAAGGUUGGUCCAAUAUCGACAACGAACUGGUGGGCUUUGCUGUGAUUCCCAUCGCGGUCUCCUUUCUCUGGUGCUCCAUUGUCGCCAUCGUUCUGAUAAAGCGGCGUCCUGCCCACCCUCUCCAUCCCGGCGUCCCGCUCGGCAUUGACCUCAUACUGUGCCUGGUGUUUAUAGCCCCUGUGAUAAUAUUGAGGUACUGCGUCACGAACGUGGAGGAAAUUGGCGCCGACCGCUUCAUCCGCGAUCCUGAUGGUGGCCAUGAGAAUUACUAUGGCUACUACACCCUGGUGCCCAACCGAACCUGGGUCUUCACCAUUGCGUCUGUGCGAGGGACCUAUACCACCACCACGUAUAAAACGGUCGUGAUACCGACCACGGCCGCGACUGUGCCUCGGUCGACUGCUGUAUCUGUGACGGUGGCAAUGCGCGACGAGCUGGUCGGCACGCCACAACAGCAGCUCCCGCCCAGGGUGACUUCCUCGGUGAGCAGUGGUGCCGACAGUGGCAACGAGGCUGACUUUAACAACAUCAAACUCACCGACAUUGACAACGUCGACAUUGAGGCCACCGAGGUUAUCGGCUUUGAAAGCAUCGACACAAACAUUGCUGCUCCCGAGGAUGCCGAUGUUAACUUGUUUUGGACUGCUCGCCAGGCGCGCCUCAGAGAGUUGCUGGUUUCGUUCGUGCUGCCGUGCGUCGUACUGCUGCUGCACUUUACCAUAUUCGUGUGGGCGUGCAGUGACAGGAAGCAGAACAAGUCGCGGCCGCGUAAUGCAGCCAUCGCUUCGAACGCGCCUAGGAACGUGCGAAGCCGCAGACAUGUCAUGGCCAAUGCGAACCGGCACGGCCAGUUGACAGGCGGAAACCCGGGCGUGUCCAAAACCAGGGAAGUCGUCUCGGCUUCCGGUCUCGUAUGA